CCUAAGUUGAGUAACACAAUUUCCUACAAUAACAGCUUAGUUAUCAGUUGUCAAAAAAAAAAAUUGUCAUGGCUUUAGCAAAAAAUUUCUUGGUUUCUCUUUUGUUUGCACUAAUUGCAACACAUGUUGCAGUAGCCCAAGUAGGAGGACUUCUCAGUGGCCUCCUUGGUCCAAUACAUAUAGAUGGGGUUCUAUUUUGCAGCCUUAACGGCCAAAUAGAUAUCAUCAAUGGAACCACCACCCCAGUUUUCCCUAACGCAUUAGUGCAGCUGCGGUGUGGAGCAGGAAAUGUUGUAUCAAGUACCACAACAAAUGGAUCAGGAGUGUUUUCCCUCGUGUUGGAUCCUCUUCAAAAUAUUUUGUCAUCGCUACUAUCCAACUGCAGUCUGGUGGUUACAACUCCGCUCUCAACAUGUAAUGCGAGCUUACCAUCCAUCGGGCUUUUGCAGUCACCUUUGCAGCUAGUUGGGAAAACCCUAGUUGGCCUUCUUAGUACUGUCAAUUUAGGUGCUACUGGUUUUCAGCUUCUUCCUAAUCUCAUUUGAACGAGCUAGCCAAAAUGUUAGUCGUUAGUCUAUAUAUGUUGGAUAAUUUGUUUGCUAAGUGUUGCUUACAAAAUGUUCUGUAGUGAUGCAUCAGCAAGAGUUAACCUAGUUGCCCUGUUGCUGAUUGCAUGAAUAAGGAUUGUUGUUGUUUCCACGUACUAGUGAUGUAAUUGUUUGAAUGUAUUCCUUUCUUGUUGGAGUGUUAUGAAUAUGGAGUUGUCAUUAAUCAAUUGUGAUUAAUAAAAUGCAAAUAAUUUAUGCAACUGUAA